GGACAAUCUUGCUGCUAUAUAGAAACUACUUGGUUUAUAAUCUACAAGCCGGCAUUAGAACCAUUAUUGGCAAAAGUACAGGAGGCAAACUCAACAUGACAGCACAAGCAAUGUUCUUUGACGGUACAAAUCAGCCCCCCUUAGACUCUGCUCCCAGUGUUGCACUGAACCCAGAUUUGAGUUCUCCUAUUUCUCAUGCUAUUUUGGCCAUAUCUUCUACAGGAAUCAUAUUUUCUAUCAUUUGUUUCUUUAUUGUUUUGGCCAACCGCAAAAAUGAAGUUUUCAAAGCUUCAAGAGUUGGUUGGCUUCGUAUUGACGUACGUUUCGGUGUUAAUGAUGAUCGGCAUUCCUACAGCAGCUUCUUGUGUUGUUACACCUAUCACGUUUAGUCUUGGUUUUAUUCUCGUUUUAGCAAAUAUGAUUGCCAAAAACUACCGCAUCUAUCGAAUUUUCAAUAACAUUUUCAUCACCAGUAAUGUUAUUACAGAUGUACAACUGAUUCGUACAGUAGUAGCACUUGUUGGACUUGAAAUGGUAAAAAACUAUUCUCUACAGUCACUGUAUUUUUGUACUGCAUGUUGCUUUUCUUCAUAUUUUGAACUCACAUGAAAAUAAUAGAUUAUUCUUGUUUCUAAUUUAGUUGUUGCGCGACCUAUUCCUACUAAAUUAGAAGUCAACUUUUCCAGUCAUUACUGGGUCUGUGAGGCACAAGGGAGUACCAGUACGCGACUUGUGUUCCUGAUAUUAUCGACUAUUUAUGCGGGUUGCCUACUAUUAUUUGCUACAUUU